ACAAUAGAAGUGAUAGGUACUUUAACUUCGAAUACAUUUAGAUACAGAAACAAACGUAUUGUAACUCGGAAUCAUCAAUGCAGACAAAUAACUCACAUAAUAUGCCUAAUACAAGGUUAUAUAGUACCUAGGUACCUAGGUGUAUAUAUAUAAUCACCAGCAUCCCCGUCGAGACCUUCUAAUAUCUUGCCUUUUUCUUUCCAAUACCGCAUAAUAGAAGGUAGGUAAUAUUCUAUUCUAAUAGCAACACUAAAAGCAACACAACCUCUCUCCAUCAUGUCCGUCACAUUCACCACCGUACAAGAUCAAUCCCAAUCCCCAUUCUUCUCUCGCUUCCCAGGCGAAAUCCGCAACGCCAUCUACGAAUAUUGCCGCAUCAACGCAUCAGCAACCUAUCUUUGCAACGGCCCUCUCCGUUCUCAGCGAAUCGCGUCGGCGCUUUCUAACUUGACUAGUCUUCAUAAGACCUGUAAGCGUAUAUACAAUGAAGUCUACGAAAUGCUCUACGCAUCCCACCUACAGCUCACCAGCAUUCUAGACUCCAGUUUACGUCAAGGACACGUCCAAAUGGUGAGUGACGGUCUGUUUAACCCUUCUCGUCUUCGCUCGCUGGAUAUCUCGUACACACACGGUGACGGAUUCUCUCAUAAUCUGUGCUUUUGCUUCUGGUGGCUUUCCUACAACGCCCCUAAUAUCCGCCAAAUAAGAGUCAGAAUCAACCAAAGUCACUCCGUUACGUGGACACAACGUAUAUCUCUUCUAGCUCUCUUCAACAUGAUCAUCCCGGGCUUCGUAGCGCUGACGCAGCUUGAACUGAUCGAACUGGACGUGCCCUUGACUAUCGACGUGGUCCAGCUCUUACACACCACACUGGUUAGCAAAUCCGUGACCGAACAAGUGAAACUAUGUAAAGUCAUAGCCUGCCAACACCCCGGAGAACCUAUAACGUACAGGACCGUUCUAUUAGAAGCGUCCGAUCUGGAAAUCCCCGAAGAAGAGAAGAUGCUGCAUGCCAUGGCGAACUCCCAUUCGGACGUAGCACAACUAAUUCAUUGUGGAGUGAUGAGGGUGAUGGUCAAGGAAAAAGAAGAAGCUGAACAACAAGCGACAGAACAGCCCACAUCGGGACAUUAGGUUAGGGGUUGGCGAUUGCUACACUCAUUUUAUAUACCUAUAUUAAAGAAAGAGAAAAAAGAAAGAAAAGAAAAGUGUUUAGUCAAAUAGAAGAGUAACCCAGCAAUUUUAGUAUUAAAUAUACCUUAACCCGUAAGAUAAGUUACGUUGUUAUUUGAGAUGUAGGUUAGAUAGUUGUGUGGCGGGAUGAAGUUGAAGAUUUCCAAAAAUAAAAAAAUAAAAAACCUCCAAGGUACAUUACUUGAAAGUUUCGUUGUCGACACACGAACGACAAAAAUAUUAAAAGAGAAGCCCAACGGGGGACUCGAACCCCCAGCCUCUGAAUUCACAACACAUUCAUUUGAGUGACAGUAGAAGUUCAGCGCUCUGCCAUUGAGCUAGCCGGGCGACGGACUGUGAAAAUUUCUUUGUUAUUUCCGCAGCCGAAAAGGACAAACUC